CCAUUGCAGACUGAAACCAAACUUUUGUGCCAAAAAUCGGAAAUAUGUCGAAAAUAUUAUUUCUAAAAUUAUUAUUUAUUUUUCUGAUUAUUACUUUGGCCUCGGGUCGCAUUGUGGAUGACAUCAGUUUUCACAAUCCACAAAAUUUGGCCGGCCAAAUGGUGAAGACAAGAAAUUCGAUAUCUGUGGAAAAGGUUGGUGUCAAUAAACCUACCCCAGAAGAGGAAAAAGAUCCAGAAUUCUGGAGAUCCGUUGCGAGGGAGCAAGUCUUGAGGAAUCUAGAAAAACAAAAACUGAAUGUGAAUAAGGCUAAGAAUAUUAUUAUGUUUCUUGGCGAUGGCAUGUCCUUGUCAACGGUGGCGGCUGCUCGCAUGCUGAAGGGGCAGAGAAAAAACCACACAGGAGAAGAGGAUUCCUUGAGCUUUGAGAAGUUUCCCCAUGCUGCUUUUAGUAAGACAUACUGUGCCAAUGCCCAAGUUGCUGAUUCGGCUUGCACCGCCACGGCAUACCUGUGUGGUGUAAAGGGCAAUAUUGUAACAAUUGGCGUUAGUGCCAAUGUGGAGUAUAACAAUUGCAGCGCCAGCAUGGACCCAGCAAACCAGGUAUCAUCCAUUGCAGCCUGGGCUCAAAAGGCGGGUAAAUCCACUGGCUUCAUUACCACAACCACCUUGACUCAUGCCAGUCCAAGCGGCACUUAUGCUCAUGUAGCCAAUCGCCUGUACGAAAGUGAUGCCGAUGUCAUGUCCUUUGGACAAGAUCCUGCAACAUGUAUGGAUAUGGCACAUCAACUUGUUACCCAAGAACCGGGACGUAAUUUCAACAUUAUGAUGGGUGGUGGAAUGGCGAAGUUUUUACCCAAAAAUAUUAAAGAUUUCCAUGGCAAUAACGGUAUAAGAGAAGAUGGUAGAAAUCUUCUGUCCACCUGGCAGGCAAUGCACCCGGGUGGGGUAUUUGUAUCAAAUCGCGAAGAACUCUUAAAUGUAAACACCAGCAAUGUGUCACAUAUCAUGGGUAUAUUCAAUACAAAAGCCAUGGACUAUUAUGCUGUGUCGGACAAAAGCCAACAGCCUUCACUGGCGGAAAUGACAGAGACCGCUUUGAACCUGUUGCAGCGUAACGAAAAAGGAUAUUUCAUUUUCAUAGAAGGAGGUCACAUCGACACGGCUCAUCACGAAAAUAAAGCCGGAAUAUCUUUGGAUGAAACAUUGGAGUUUGACAAGGCCAUACAAUUGGCGCGUGAUAUGACCGAUCCUGAGGAAACCCUUAUUGUUGUAACGGCCGACCAUGGCCAUGGCCUGACCAUUAAUGGUUAUCCUGGACGUGGAACAUCUAUUUUGGGUUUGAAUCAGCAUGAUUUAGGUGCAGAUGGUUUAAAGUAUUCUACUCUUAGCUAUGCAUUGGGUCCACAGCAAUUUAUCGAUGAACAUGGCCAACGUGUGGAUUUGGAUGGAAUUCCGCGGGAUAUUGACAGCAUUUAUCCUAGCUAUGUAAAGUCGAAUGAUGGACACCAUUCAGGAGAAGAUGUUGGCGUUUUCGCAUCAGGACCUUUUGAUCAUUUAUUCACUGGAGUAUUGGAACAGAAUGCCAUUCCACAUUUGAUGGCUUAUGCCGCCUGCAUCGGCGAUGGCUUAACAAUGUGUGAUGAUAAUGUAGAGGAGUGAGAGAUUGUACUUUUCAAUACCUUUUGAUAAGGAGUAUCAAUUAUUCAUUACAAGGAUAAUAAAGUUAAAACUUGUACUGUUCAGAUAGUUAUGUUCAGAUGUCGCCGUUUUUAAGCAAAUAACUAUGAAAAUAUCAAUACUAUCUAUGUGACAAUUUUUAUUAUUUAAAACCAACA